AUGAACAGCGACGUGAACGCACCAGCACCAGCAACGUCCACCCUGCAGUCCAAUUCAGGGGUGCUGACUUCACGUUCAAUCCUAACAAAAUUACUAUCGACCUUGGGUUCUCUAAGGCCCAUCGGGCCGUCUGCCAAUGAGUUCCAAAAUAUCGCCUCUACACAUCCGGAUCUAGCCCACCCGCACAUGCGGUUCAACAGCGGCCGGCUUUACCAACUCUCGCCAGAAGAGACAGCAAAAGCACGCUCGGUGUUUCUCACGCUGCAUGUCUUGUUCCCACACCAUUUACUGCCGGCACUGGACCUCCUUGAUCAUGGGCUUGUCACGCGUCUUGUCCCAAAGCCGGGUAGGAUACAGGUAGACGGAGAUGACGACAGGGCCAGGCUCACCACUGAUCCUACCGGCGCUUGUGGAGCGUCACCAACGAAUCCAGCCUGGGAAGUCUUCUACAUCCAAUCCAGCAGCGCCGUGACAUCAACGACGAAUACACGACGUAAAAAACAGAGCGUCUCGGCGACAUUCUACGAGGUUCGCCUGGACUCGUGGAACUGCAGCUGUCCGGCCUUCAGUGUCGAUGCAUUUCAGGGGUUGAUGAGUGCAGGGGAUGACACUGCCGGCGAGCGACCAGAUCAGCUUGACAAUUUCUUGUCUGGUAUCCAUGAGGCCGAAGAGGUGGGUUGGCGUGUUGGAGGAAUAGCGACGCUUCCAUCACCAGGCGGCGCGCCCAUAUGUAAGCACAUUCUAGCCGCUGUCCUCGCAAGAGCGGCGCCGAUGUUGUUCGGGACAGGCGUGGCUGAGAGCAUAGCUUCUCGUGAACAGCUUGCGGGAUGGGGAGGGGGAUGGGGGGAGUUUGGGUAUGGGUGA